AGCAGGGAGGCCGAGGCCUGGGCCAAGCCCGGAGCCGCCGUUCGUCGGAGCCUCCUGGAGCCCCCGCGCAGGUUCAGCCUGGGGGCGGGCUCAGGCCCGGCCCGCCGCGGAACCCAGGACAGAGGCUGCAUGCCCGAGGACCAGGCCGGCGCAGCCAUGGAGGAGGCAUCUCCUUAUUCCUUACUUGAUAUCUGCUUGAAUUUCCUGACUACUCACCUUGAGAAGUUCUGCUCAGCAAGGCAAGAUGGAACACUGUGUCUGCAGGAACCUGGAGUAUUCCCACAGGAGGUGGCUGAUCGGCUGCUUCAGACCAUGGCUUUUCAUGGUCUCCUGAAUGAUGCAACUGUAGGUAUUUUUAGGGGCAACCAGAUGCGCUUAAAACGAGCUUGCAUUCGCAAAGCCAAGAUCUCUGCCGUUGCAUUCCGGAAAGCCUUCUGCCACCACAAGUUAGUGGAACUUGAUGCCACAGGUGUGAAUGCUGAUAUCACAAUUACAGACAUUAUCAGUGGGCUUGGCAGUAACAAAUGGAUCCAGCAAAAUCUCCAGUGCCUAGUGCUGAACUCAUUAACUCUCUCACUCGAAGAUCCUUAUGAGCGGUGCUUUAGCCGGCUUUCUGGCCUUCGAGCAUUAAGCAUCACCAACGUUCUCUUUUAUAAUGAAGACCUGGCUGAAGUUGCCUCAUUGCCAAGAUUAGAGAGCCUGGAUAUUUCUAACACCUCGAUCACAGACAUCACGGCUCUGCUGGCCUGCAAAGACCGACUCAAGUCUCUAACCAUGCAUCACUUGAAAUGUUUAAAAAUGACAACUACCCAGAUACUGGAUGUUGUUCGGGAACUAAGACAUCUGAAUCAUCUUGAUAUUUCAGAUGAUAAACAGUUUACAUCAGACAUAGCUCUUCGAUUACUAGAACAAAAGGACAUCCUGCCCAACCUCGUCUCCCUGGAUGUCUCUGGGAGGAAGCAUGUGACAGAUAAAGCUGUUGAAGCCUUUAUACAACAACGGCCCAGCAUGCAGUUUGUAGGUUUGCUGGCCACUGAUGCUGGCUACUCUGAAUUCCUCACAGGCGAAGGACAUUUGAAGGUGUCUGGAGAAGCCAAUGAAACUCAGAUUGCAGAAGCAUUGAAGCGGUACAGUGAACGGGCAUUCUUUGUCCGGGAAGCUCUAUUUCACCUUUUUAGCCUGACUCAUGUGAUGGAAAAAACAAAACCAGAAAUUUUAAAGCUUGUGGUUACUGGGAUGAGAAACCACCCUAUGAAUUUGCCAGUGCAACUUGCUGCAAGCGCCUGUGUGUUUAACUUAACGAAGCAGGAUCUUGCUGCAGGAAUGCCUGUGCGACUCCUGGCUGAUGUGACCCAUUUGCUGCUCAAAGCCAUGGAACAUUUUCCCAAUCACCAGCAGUUACAGAAGAAUUGCCUCCUUUCACUUUGCAGUGACCGAAUUCUUCAAGAUGUUCCAUUUAACAGGUUUGAAGCAGCCAAGCUUGUCAUGCAGUGGCUCUGCAACCAUGAGGAUCAAAACAUGCAAAGGAUGGCAGUUGCAAUCAUUUCCAUCCUGGCUGCCAAGCUUUCUACAGAACAAACUGCACAGCUUGGUGCUGAACUCUUCAUCGUCAGGCAACUUCUUCAAAUAGUGAAGCAGAAAACCAAUCAAAAUUCAGUGGACACUACUUUGAAGUUUACUUUGAGUGCACUUUGGAACCUCACAGAUGAAUCUCCAACCACUUGCAGACACUUUAUUGAAAAUCAAGGGUUGGAACUCUUCAUGAGGGUUCUAGAGUCAUUCCCAACUGAGUCAUCCAUUCAACAGAAAGUCCUAGGACUUUUGAACAAUAUAGCUGAAGUACAAGAAUUGCAUUCUGAAUUAAUGUGGAAGGAUUUUAUAGACCACAUCAGUAGCCUUCUACAUAGUGUUGAAGUGGAAGUCAGUUACUUUGCAGCUGGGAUCAUUGCCCACUUAAUAUCUAGAGGAGAACAAGCUUGGACGUUGAGUCGUAGCCAGAGGAAUUCUCUUCUGGAUGAUCUGCAUUCAGCGAUUUUGAAAUGGCCAACUCCAGAGUGUGAGAUGGUAGCAUACAGGUCCUUUAAUCCAUUUUUCCCAUUACUUGGCUGUUUCACAACACCAGGAGUCCAGCUAUGGGCAGUUUGGGCCAUGCAGCAUGUCUGCAGCAAGAAUCCCUCAAGGUAUUGCAGCAUGCUGAUUGAGGAAGGAGGAUUGCAGCAUUUAUACAACAUCAAAGAACAUGAACAGACUGAUCCUCAUGUCCAACAGAUUGCUGUGGCCAUUCUGGACAGCUUAGAGAAACACAUUGUACGCCAUGGAAGACCACCUCCCUGUAAAAAGCAGCCCCAGGCCAGACUAAAUUGAUAGCUAUAGGUAAUUGGAUAAUUGAAUCACAGAAAUUCUUUUUGUGAUAGGUUCACUUGGAAUAUCUUACCCUCUCUGAUGUUUUGGGGGUUUCUACAACAAGAGUCAUAAAGUGAGUAUGGGAUUGAUAAUGUACAGUACUGCCCAUGUGAACAGUCUCUGAUUUGUCUUGUGAUUUUUAACUUAUUAGAUGAGAAGAGUCUCUUCCUUCAUUGCCUUUUAGGAAAAUUUCCACAUCCUUCAGUGUUUGAACUUAACUGUGCUUAAAAUUCUACAGUUUUAUGAGGAAGUUUGCACGGACCCUUAGGCCAGACUUUUCUGAUCUUAAAGUCCCUUCAGUCAAUUUGCAGCUUCAGAUAAGCUGUUAACCUGAUUUCUGGCACUGCUUCGAUUGUAAAUUUUAUAUUGCUUCUGUAUAAAAUGCCUUUAUUCUCUGUCUGUGUAUCUUUUAUAAGAUGUCCUUCUUAGUGUGAAAGAAUGGAAAUCUGAGUCCUCUCCUUGUGAAAGCUACUCACUGGCUGGUGCCUGGAUGGCUGGCAGAAAAUAUAUUAAAAAGAAAAACUACUAAGGGAAAAUAGAGUUUAGGAACUGGGAAAAGGUCUGCUCUUGUGGUAUAUAGUUUUUAAACUGGGACUGGCUAAUCUUCUGGAGCCCACCUCUCCUGAGGCAUUGCGCAGUAGCUUGUUCUUCAUAUUUAUUCCUGGAGGCAUGGGCUGCUGCUUCCUACACAGACUGCUGGUUACUCUCUAGAAAUAUUUCCCCAAGCACCACAGUAUAAAAUAUUACAGCAUUCUGCGUUAGAGUUUAACUGUCUGAAUUUCUUUAUGUCAUAUUGUUGUGAAAAUGUGAAUUUUACAAAAAUCGUCUCUUGCUCAAACAGACCAUCCUUUUCCCUCUAUUUCAAAGUCAUUCUGUUCAGUGGAAUAGAGACUACCCGUGGUAUUACCUGCUCACUUAAAAUACAAUUAACAACAGUACAUUUUGCCAUGAGAAGUUAAUUUUCUUUUGUUUCAGACUACAUGUAUCUUAAUAUUUUCAUGUUGGGGAAGGAUAUCCACAUCUCACUGCCAAAAGUAAACAAGAAGAAUUAGACUAUUGUUAAAUGUAAUGAUUCUAGUUGCAGUGCAUAAAAGGAAAUAUUUUGUGAUGGGUUAUUUUUUAGACAGUUGCCCUUCCUUUAAGAGAGUUGUUACAGUAGAGUAAAGAGUCAGUUAUCAAUAAUGGCAGUUGGGAGGCAGCAAGUCACCAAGAGAGUUAUUUUCCAUUUAAAAAAAAAAAAGCGAAAGAUUUAUACGAUCUGAAGAGAAACCAGAGUAUCCAUCUUAAAUUUUAGUUUGUGAAUAAAGUUAACCUGCAGUCUUAGAUGACUGCGUUUUUUUCAUAGAUGGCCAAAAUGUUUCCAAUAGAGAUUUUAAAUAAUACGUUUAAAAUCAUGGUGA